GCAGAAAAGCUCUACAUGUUAGUGGACCGCAGUCUGAAGCGCCGGCAGGUGAAGCCCCUUGCUGCCUCUCUCUUAGAUGCCUUGGAUUAUGACAGCUCAGAUGACAGUGACUUUGAAGUGGGAGAUGCCUCAGGAUCAGAGGGCACAGGCAACGGCAGUGAUGAGGAAGGGUCCAAAGCGAGCGCUGCAGGCUCAGAGAGCGACUCGGACAACGCUGGUUCUGCAGACGACGGCAUAGAUGAAGAGGAGGCCAAAGACCUGGCUGCCAAUGACAACUUAACGGAAGAUGAAGAGAAGACCAAACAGCAGCCUUCCUCAGACAGCUCCACCAAAGACAGCCUCGCCGUCACCCCGCCCAAAGGCCGACGCAAGAGCAAGAAGGCCCCCGAGGCUGAGCCUGAGCCUGCCGCAGGCGCCGACACUGAGUCCAACUCAGCGCCAGGCGCUGGCAGCGCUAACACGGAAGAGUCUCAGGCCGAGCCCAAGAAAUGGAAUUUCCGCAGGAACCGCCCCCUGCUGGACUUCACCACUAUGGAAGAACUGAACGAGAUGGACGACUAUGACAGCGAGGACGAUAACGACUGGAGACCCACAGCGGGGAAGAAGAAAGGCAAAGCAGCCGCUCAAAAAGGAGGAGUGGAGGAAGAGGAGGGCGGCAGUGGCAGCGCUAGUGAGGACGACGAUAACGACGAUGACGAUGAGGACGACGACGACGACGACGAGGAUGAUGAUGAUGACGACAAUGCCAAGGAGGAUGGUGAUGACAACAACAGCAGCACCAACAACAACAACAACAACAACAGUAGCAGUGACAGUGACAAAGAAGUGAAGAAGCCCAAGAAGAAGGCAAAGAGCACCAACGCUUUUGAUGAAGAGCUGACGAAUGACAGCAUGUCCCAGGGAAAGGGCAAUGAGGAUGCCUUGCUGGACCGAUCCCAAACCUGGAGCACUCAGCACAUCCUCAUCUGCUGCGUCUGUCUGGGAGACAACAGCGAGGAUGCAGAUGAGAUCAUCCAAUGUGACAACUGUGGGGUGACCGUGCACGAAGGGUGUUACGGCGUGGACGGCGAAAGCGACUCAAUCAUGAGCUCUGCCUCAGAGAAUUCGACAGAGCCUUGGUUCUGUGACGCCUGUAAGAACGGAGUGACUCCCAGCUGUGAGCUGUGCCCCAACCAGGAUGGCAUCUUCAAAGAGACGGACGCCGGGAGAUGGGUGCAUGUGGUGUGUGCACUUUACGUUCCCGGUGUUGCAUUUGGAGACAUCGAUAAACUGCGACCAGUGACGCUCACAGAGAUGAAUUAUUCAAAAUACGGGGCCAAGGAGUGCAGUUUCUGUGAGGACGCCCGUUUUGCCAGGACGGGUGUGUGCAUCAGCUGUGAUGCAGGAAUGUGUCGCUCCUAUUUCCAUGUCACCUGUGCACAGAGGGAAGGGCUCCUGUCAGAGGCUGCAGCAGAGGAGGAUAUUGCUGAUCCAUUUUUUGCGUACUGCAAACAGCACGCAGACCGCUUUGACAGGAAGUGGAAAAGGAAGAAUUAUCUGGCCCUCCAGUCCUACUGUAAGGUCUCUGUGCAGGAGAGAGAGAAACAGCUUACUCCUGAAGCUCAGGCCCGAAUCACUACCCGCCUGCAGCAGUACAGGGCCAAAGCAGAGCUGUCCAGGAACACUCGGCCUCAGGCGUGGGUGCCCCGGGAGAAGCUGCCGCGACCUCUGACCUCCAGUGCCUCAGCCAUCAGGAAGCUGAUGAGGAAGGCAGAGCUGAUGGGCAUCAGCACCGACAUUUUCCCGGUGGACACGUCUGACGCCAAUGCCAGCUUGGACGGACGCAGGAAACACAAGCAGCCCGCCCUCACAGCAGACUUCGUCAACUACUACCUGGAGCGGAACAUGCGAAUGAUCCAGAUCCAGGACAACAUCUCUGAACAGAAGAACUUAAAAGACAAGCUGGAGAGCGAGCAAGAAAAACUGCACGUGGAGUACAACAAGCUCUGCGAGUCCCUGGAGGAGCUGCUGAAUGUGAAUGGAGAGCUGCGGAGUGAAGGCCAGGCCAUGUGGACUCUGCUGGGGGGCAUCCUGGGCCAGAAACUAAACACCCCAGCUGUUCUGAAAGCCCCUAAAGAGAGGAAGCCCAGCAAGAAGGAGGGAGGAACCCCAGGGAAGUCAUCCAGCCUGCCAGCAAUCCUCUACAGUUGUGGCAUCUGUAAGAAGAACCAGGACCAACAUCUGCUGGUGUUGUGUGACACCUGCAAGCUCUACUAUCACCUGGGCUGCCUGGAGCCACCACUAACACGCAUGCCCAAGAAGACCAAGAACAGCUACUGGCAAUGCUCCGAGUGUGACCAGGCCAGCAGUGAUGAGGCCGAUAUCGCCAUGGAGACGCUACCAGACGGCACCAAGAGGUCCAGGAGGCAGAUCAAAGGACCAAUCAAAUUCAUCCCACAGGAGAUGUCGCCAGAGCCCAAGAAACAUCAAGUGAGCGGCACGAGAACCAGAGGGCAGAAGAGGAAGAGGGUUCCCAUCUGUGAGGACAGAGAAGAUAAAAUUGAGGAACCACUGCCACGGGAACGCCGACAACGCCACUCUGCAAUGCAGAAAAAACCCAAAGGUGACGACACGAGGACUGAGUGUACAACCUGCAAAGGGCCGGGCGACAACGAAAACCUUGUGAGGUGUGAUGAGUGCCGGCUCUGCUAUCACUUCGGGUGUCUGGACCCCCCGCUGAAGAAAUCCCCCAAGCAGACGGGAUACGGCUGGAUCUGCCAGGAGUGUGAUACAUCCUCCUCCAAGGAGGAGGACGAAGAAGAGGAGCAGCCGGAGGAAGAUGACUCUGUUAAAGAGGAAACGGCAGAGCAGGAGAUUCCAAACUGAAGCCGAGCGAGAGGACACAGACCCACCGCUGCUCCGCGGCUUCACCUCCAGUCUUUGCAUUUCUGUUCAGACUACAGCACACCUUACUUUCUACUAGCCUCCCAAAGUUUCAGCGGAUAGCUUCCACUCCGGAUAGUUCAGCAACCAGAGGUGUGUUUUAGAGAAAAAGAACACUAUUUAAAUGGUGAUAUCUUUAGAUUCAAGGGGUAGAGUUUGUACUUUUUAUGAACGAGGCUGGACAGACGGACACACAUCUCUCUGAUUUCAGACAACUUCAUGAAGCAGCGCAUCACAGCAUCCAGCCACACGGGCGCACACACAGCACAGUGCUGCUUCUACAGCAGAGACCGUUACCGCCCAGCCACCUGAUGGAUUUAUGACACGUUCCAUGCAAUCUAUUUUCAUACACUAAUGAUCACUAGACAGUGUUUCCACACAGAGUAUCCUCAGCGUCCUGUUUACAAGAUGAAGCUAGCAGAGUGUGUGUGUGUGUGUGUGUGUGUGUGUGUGUGUGUGUGGGGGGUUCUUUUCUCUCCGAGUCCACAGAACACUUCUUCUUCCCCCCGCCGAGCACGCUCACACCGCGCUGACUUCACCGGCAAAGUGCUUUCCACCGUCUUCGAACGCAUUUCACUCGACAUUUGCCUGGAGGAUUUUAUUUUUUAUAUUUCAUACAUAUCUUCUUACUUCCCCCAUUUGAAAUAUCUACUUAUUUUCUCACGUAUUUACACUUACAGUAUGUGAAGUAUUAAGCUUGGUUUUUGUGUUGAAAAUGAACUUUUUGUAAUCAUGCAGUAUCUUUAAGUGCUACAUACCAAUCUAUUUUGUUAUUAGAUUUGUAUUAAAAUCUCCCAUGUUUAGGACAAGUGUCUACUCAGAGAUUGUAUUUACAUACCUUGUUCAUUUUGGGUUCUUCUUUUGCUCUGGUUCUCUGGCCUGCUAGUAGUCUCCAGAGCUCCCUGGGAGUCAUCACUCACUUGUCCGCAAAGUUUAGCAACUGAAAAUGUUCACAGCCAGCCCGUCCACACCAACAACCAUAACUAUAACCAUAACUAUAACAAUGUGAGCGUCCACAAUGCUAAAAAAAACGAUAACGUUCUGCAAACAGGGACGCCAAGCUCGCACUGCACGCUCCUGCUGAUAAUAAUACAUAAUAUACAGCAGACGUUGCGACGUAUGACUACAGGAAUGUCUGUGGUAAUAUCCUAUAGCCUAUAUUCGUGGAUUCAGGUAGCCUACAUUUUAGGAACCAAAUAAGUCUACCGGCAGUCCCUGGGGCGCAGAACCCGCUGCCUUUUCCGGGCAACACAGCGCCACAUCGAGCGGGCGGGUGUCAGAUCUGUAUGUGCAGAGCACCGGAACAAAAACACCGACUGUAUGAUAACAACACCCAAAACAGAAGAUUCACUCACAGUGAAUCUGAAUUAUCAGCGGUUUCUGUGACAUGAGAAAUAGUUUCAAAGAAGGCUACUGAUGUUUAAAAGACACCGAGCUGGAGGAUCUUAGCCCCGUAGCGACUGGAAAAGUCCCGCCACUAGUGCACCGUGUGAAAACAAAUCUCUCCACCGUGUCUCUCUCCGCCGCGCCAUGUUCUAAAUUCAGAUGGAUUCUGAUUGGCUGUCAGCGUUUCUAUCGUUCAUUAAAUUGCUCCGAAAGUGAUCCCAACGAUAUCGUUCUCCCCUGUCGUGGUGUGGACUCGGUCAUCCACUGGGGUGAGAACGAUUUAAAAAACUAUAUUUUCAUAGUUAUCGUUCUAGUUAUUGUUCUUGGUGUGGACGGCCCUCACUCUCUCAAAUUAGCCACCACAUGUAACUUGAUACUUAUUUUACUCCAGAUUAGGAGAAAUGUAAGGUUGAUUUGAAGUGAUGAUUACAUAUAGCGUAUGACUGUUAUCAGAGAACUAACAAAUCAGUAGAUUUGACCAGAGACUACUGUCGGGCCAAAACACUGUCACACUCUCACAGUAAAUCUGGAAUUAUCCCUUAAAGUGCCAAUAAAUUUGAACUGCAAAAGUU